GAGGGGAGGAGGCUGUGGUGGGCUCCUGUGAGCCUUUUGGUCUCUAACAAGGUUACAGUUUGGAAGUUCCUUGAGCUGCGGCAGAGUGCCCGAUAGGUAGUAAACCUUACUUAGAGUCACGUUGGGACUUAAAUAACAACAACUCUGGUGCAGAAAUUCCAGUCCUUCUAUUGAUUGCAUCAGGACCACAGUUGGCGAUCCAGGAUAUUGCUGUAAGCUUUCUUUUCUGGCUGGGAUCCACUUUCUCACCUCCCUUACGCGGUGGGUAGCCCUGUGCAAACACCAGGAUGUCGGAGUUUUCUGUCAGCGAUCACUUGGAAGGAAUUCUGUCCGAUUUUGAAGCACUGAAAAGAUCAUUUGAUGUUGAAGAUGUGGAUGAAAUACCAUCAUUUUCAACAACAUCCCCACUUAAUUCUCCAUUCAGCUCUGACCCUUCCAGCAAUAUUCCAGAUAAGAGAAGUGAAACUUACAUAACACCCAUUAGUGGGCAGCCACCAUACCAAUCACGGGUCACUUUCAGCUCUAACACUAGUCCAUUACAGUCUCCUGUCAUGAAACCGAAAAUUAGUAGCAGCUUAUCUUUCAACCGAGGUAUUACAAAAAUGGCUAGAACUAAUGGAAAUGCUGGGAUUGGCUUAAACAGAGUCUCUUCUUUCCAGAGCAGGAUUAACCCUAAUGGAUUCUUGUCAUCAUGUCCCACUAGUGACAGUGACAGCCUUCACAGCUCGACAUCAAGCCUGGAGUAUCAGGCAACCAACAGGCUCGCUUUUUUACCAAUAUCCCCUGAGAUUACAAUGAGUCAAGCAGCCUCUGGCAUUAAAAUCAGCAACAUUUCAAACCCUGUUUUAAAGAAAUUUUCUUCUCAUGGAAACAUGCUGUAUUCUGAUAAUGGCCAGUCAUUACGACUCACAGAAAAUUCAACUAUGAAUCACAUAUCUUUGCCUUCCUUGGAUCUUCAUAUUGCUGAAGACAACAGUAAGGAGGUAAUUUCUUUCUCAAACACAACAUCCCAGCCUUCUCCAACCUGGAAUUCAGCUUCAUCUGUUCAUUAUCAAGAAGUCAUUGCUCCAAUUCAAGUUCCAAAUUCCAAGAUCCUAGAAAAGGAGGCAUCAUUUUUCUCCCCUGAGAAUAUCUGUCUUUCAUUUCUAAAUUCAAAAUCAAGACAAGAGCAACCUUCAAUGAAGCUCAAUAAAUUUCCUCUGAAUCUUGACAGCCUGGAAACUAAAGUCCAUGAUAAUUCAGUUCUAGUGGAUUCUGCUCCAAAACCAUUUCCCCGGUCUCAGUUGAAACUAAACAUGUCCUCUGGUUCAGAGUAUGCCACAGAUGCUGCCUUGGCUACGAACAGAGAUCCACUGCAGCCCGCCUCCCCUGUAAGAGCACCACCAUGUAAUAAAUUUGCAUCAUCUCUUACUAAUGAAAAUACUGAUCCGCCCUCUGUUGCACAAACACCCCAUCUUAAACUGGUAGCUCAGCCUCAGCUGGUUCAGAUGACAUCUCCUGGAUAUUCUUCAACUGUUCCGGUGAACGCCAGUCAAAACCUUAAGGGUAACAAUAAAGAUUCAUGGACUUCCUUCCCAAGAGAACAUACCGAAGCAGUAGUGCAAACAGGUGCUUCUUUUUCACAUUUAGAAAGUCCUGGACAUAGAUUCCAAAGCCAAAAUUUCACUCAGAGUCAAACUGACAUUGUCUAUAAUGAAAAGCUGGGGACUUCAGAGAAUGCGUAUCCUCAUAGGCAGAUGGAGAUUCAUGCAACUAAUCGGCAAGAUAAUGAAUAUGGUCCACUUCUGAUGAGGAAAUCUGGCAGUAAGAAAGAACCUGCAAAGAACAUAGAAGGGAAAACUUACAGCAUGGCAGAAAAAGACCCUGACUCAGAUGUGGAGCUCACACCAAAUGACGAAACUGAAGGCUUGAGCCCGGAACUCUUUGGCUAUGUUGGAAUUGAAGCUGUACUAGAUCAGAUGCGUCGCAAGGCAAUGAAAACAGCAUUUGAGUUUAACAUCAUGGUUGUUGGUCAAAGUGGUUUGGGGAAGUCCACGUUAGUGAACACACUUUUCAAGUCGAGGGUAAGCCGAAAAUCAUGUAUACCAAACUAUGAGGAAAAGAUCUUCAAGACGGUGGAGCUGCAAACAAUUAGUCACAUUAUCGAAGAGAAAGGUGUUAAAUUGAAGCUGACAGUUAUUGACACACCAGGAUUUGGGGACCAGAUUAACAAUGAAAACUGUUGGGACCCAAUAGUGAAGUACAUUCAAGAACAGUAUGAAAAGUACCUGCGGGAAGAAGCAGUUAUCAAUAGAAAACGAAGAAUCCCUGAUUCACGGGUCCAUUGUUGCAUUUACUUUGUACCGCCAACUGGACACUGGCUGCGGCCUUUGGACAUAGAGUUCAUGAAGCGACUUUACAAAAUAGUGAAUAUUGUUCCAGUGAUCGCCAAAGCAGAUACCCUUACUCUUGAAGAAAGAAAAGACUUCAAAAACAGGAUUCGCCAGGGACUAAAGGCUAAUGGAAUCAGCGUGUACCCCCAGAAGGAAUUUGAUGAAGAUGCAGAAGACAGAAUGCUAAAUGACAAGAUAAGGGAAAAUAUUCCAUUUGCCGUUGUUGGUACAGAUAAAGAGCAUCAAGUGAAUGGAAAAAGAAUUCUGGGAAGAAAAACCAAGUGGGGAAUCAUUGAAGUUGAAAAUAUAGCGCAUUGUGAGUUUUCCUAUCUGAGAGACCUGCUCAUUAGAUCCCACCUUCAAGACUUAAAGGAUGUCACACAUUUUGUUCAUUAUGAGACCUACAGAGUGAAUAGACUUAAUGAAAACAAUUCAAUGUCCCUAAAUCUGAGACAUCUUACCUCAUUAAAUGGAGCCAUGGGAAAAGAGGAACCGGAAAGCAAUUUGUGAAGAGAGAGAAAAAUAUAGGCUAAUGUAUAUAGCAAUAAAAAGACAGUAUUUACCACAUUUCUUCUUGAAUUUACAUGCUAAUGAAACAAAGAACAGAGGACAGUUUUGUUACUCAUCUGAGGAGACUAAUUUUUAAUGUAGACUGUCUUUUAUGGGGAAGCUAUUUUUGUUAAAACAUGAAGAGGUAUUUUGCCAUGAAUACAAAUGAAAACAUGGAAUCUUUAAUAGCCACUUGAUUUGAUCAAGGUGACAGACUCACUUUCAGAGCUUAUUUAGUUACAUGUGCUAAAUUAUCUGAAAUAUUGCACCUUAAAAAUAUUUCUGGUGAAAUCUCCAAACAUAUUUUCUGUGUUUAAUGUUGUACAAUUGUAGGCAAACUGCCACAGAAAUGUAAGCAAUUUACUGUUAGCAAAUGGCUGGUACCAACAACACCCAAGGAACAGUGCCUUCAAAAUACGAUGGGUAUGGUGUCUGUUCUGAGACCUGAGCACAUGCAGCUUAGGAGAGUUUGAUGAUGAUGAUGAUGAUGAAAAAGAAAUUCUGUAAUACUGAUAAUGAGGAACAGACUUUGGCAAGGAGCUGAUAUAACCAAGAAAGUGGCUGAGACUUCAAACUGAAUUGUACAUCACAGACGUUCCUCAGUGGCCAUAUGGAAUAGGCAGUGCUGCAUUUUCCAAUGAUCCUACAUAUUUCAUUCGGUUGCUGUGCCAGUGAUAUGUGCACAUCUGCAGUUAGCAGUGUAGGCUGAUGUGUGACUAGCGUCUCAGGUUCACUGUUAGCUUAUCAUGCUUGUACUGCUAUUGAAGACGAUUGAUACUGUUCAUAUCCCUGGGUUCUGUUCACCCAUUUAAUGGGUAGCAGCCUUUCUUUGGACUUCAUUUAACCUUUUCCUUGUCAAAGAACUCAGAUAUGGAGAGAGAACAAAUCCCUUGGGAAAUAUUGCUUGCUGAACGUGCUGACCAUUGUAUCUGACAUUCAGCUAGCUGCACAACCAUUGCUAAAUACAGUGAGAAAACUUAGAGAUAGAUUUCCUAAUACUGACAGUGAAAACAAAUGGAUACACCUCCUAGCAUACACAAUAGGAAGAAUAAUGAAUACAUGUCCUGUUGUCAGGCACUUGGAACUUCUGAUGGAAAUUGCUCAAAUAGCAUGCACUGUACAUCUUUUUUAAUGUUGUAUUCUGGAUAUCUGGUAGUCUGACAUGGUCUAAGACAUAGCCGUUUUUAUAAGUAUAAGAAGAAACUCAGAAACAUAUGAAGUACAGCAGUCCCAGUGUGAUAUGCCAGUGAACUGAAACAUUUUGUCACACAGUUUGAAAAAUAGUCACACUGUCUAAGCAGCAAACAUUUUAAUGCUAACUAUGAAAAUGAGCAGAAGGAAAAAUGACAGCUGAAAUCAUUUUGGAUCCGUAGUUGAUAUAGACGUUUAAUAUACUGAAUAUUCAGAAAUGUACAGCACAGGCAAGAAUCAGCAUUUAAUAGUGGUGGUAUGCAAUGGACUCUUUAGUCACUAGGUUGAUGACAGAAGAGUAUUAAUGGAUCACAAGAGUCUAAGCUUUGGUCUCUGUUCCUGUGUAAUUAAUGUCUUUAACAUAGGACAGCUGUCUGUAAGUUACACCUGUCUUAACCCAAGAAGGGGCAGAAGUAGAUGGCUACUGGCCUUCUUAAAGCAGAACAAAAUACAUCUACACAAGUGAUAUCCUUUCUGAUUUAAGAUGGUAUAAAUGUAAGUAUGUGACACUUCCCUUUGCCUGAGACAAAACACUUAUAUGUGAAUGUUACCAUUCUAAGCUAGAUUAAAGGCAAGCCAAUGCUAUCUUAUUAACUUGGGACAGGACAGAAGCAUGUAAAUGCCAAACUUCUUAUCCUAAAGACCAGUUUUACGGAAUGGUUUUCUUGCUAUUGAGAGAGAGAACAAGUGCUAUCUUGCCUUGCCUUGGGCAGGAGACAGGUGUGCCAAUGAUACCUCUCCCAACAAAGAAUAAGAGGGAGCCAUAACUUAGACAUCUCUGUAAUGUGGGGUAGUUAAGAUAGUUUUGAUAUUAUGUCAAUUAUUUGUAAGUGGGUAAACAAAAUGAUCCUUCUCAGUCCCUUAUCAGCCAUGACCCAGGCCACAUGGGCAAGAAAUAAACGUGAUCUAUAUAGCAGCCAGUCAACCAGCAUCAUUCUGGAGCAAGGAUGGAAAAUAGCAGUGCACAGAAAAGAAAAAGGAAAACCAGAUUUAUGUACAGAGGGUGCACCAUUACAGUUACUGAGGCAGAUGUACCCCAAGGUUAGGUAUAUUCAUGUAGUGAAGUACUGCAGCACCAAAGUAAAACAUCUGACAAUGACAAAUGUAAGGAUUUGAGGAUUCAUGCCACUUACAGGAGCAAUAUGUAUAAAAGCUGAUGUUUCAGAAAAGUUGACGUAUUGUAGGCAGAUGAUUUUUGGGCUCCAUUUAACCUAAUGUUUUACAUACAUAAGGGGUAAAAAGUAUUCAACGUUUAUUCAAUCACUAUAACAAAUUUAAGCCUCAGUGGUUCAGCACAAUCUGACAAUGCAGCCAAACCUAAAAGUAUCAACCAUUGUGGAAAGUGUGAUAUUUGUGUUCAUUUUCAAUAGACAAAAACUUUUUUAACAGCUAAGACACAGAAGGUCAUUGAUAUCAGGUAAUUGAUUAGCUGUGCUGCAUCACAGAUCAUAUAUUUAACCCAAGACAUAUGUAGUGCCUUUUAUACAGGCCAAAUCUUUCAUCCCCUCAAAUUUAGGGUUAAAGGACAUCUCAUGUUUACUGUAGAAAACAAAACAAUGCUUCAUUAAAUCAUACCAGAGUUUAUUCUAAUGCUCUGGUAUGUUUCAAUGGUAUAGAAAAGUGUGCACAUUUGGAACAGAAUAUGACUAAUUUGUUUGAUGUCACUGGUAAGAAGGAAAAUCUGUGGAUUAUAAACACUGGUAUAAUUUUUACUCCUGAGCUGAAUGAAAAUUUCUGAUGGCUCAUUUGCUGUUUUGUAAUUUAUUGCCAUAUUAGAAUAACAUGCUUUUUCUAUUAAUUUUUAGGUUGAGAUAUAAUUUCUACAUUUUGACCAACAGAUGUCACUUGUCUAUCAUUUUAUAUCUGAGUUCGUUGUUUAUAACUUUUAGGAUUCCAUAUUUAUUGCUGGUGUAUGCCUGUAUGUUCUUGCUUUACUGGUAUUACUGCAUUCACAAUCAAAAAGAUUUCUGUAAAAAUAUUUGUUUGUUUACUUCACCUAUUUUGAGAAACAUUUAAAUUAAUAUAAUCAGAAUAAUGAAGAUCUGACCCUGAUGCACAGACUUGUUAUGAUUACAUUGUGUAUUGAUUUUGUCAUGUCAUUUUCAGGAUUUUGCUGGAGUUAAUUGUAACAUAUUCAGCAGUUAUGUUGUUCACAAUUGGUGUUUCUGUUUAACGCAGUGGUGUGUGGCCAUGUUUAUACAAGUGACAAUGCCAUUUGGGUGUUUGGGUUCUGUCAGGAGCUGGAAUACAUUUUCUGUAUUAUUUCAUCCCUUGUGCUGGCUUUCUUCCUUUGGAGGUGUUCAGCUCCUUCUAUGCUCAAGGAUUUUCUUCUGAGGUCUGUGUGCAUGUUUUUGGUGUUACUAAACUCUUGGUUAUCUGUUUCCUCUGUGCCAUACAAAUGACUAUUCAGACACUUUCUGGCUGGCUGAAAAACUGUAUCACAGUCUGAUAUGACAUGUAUAGCCAAAUUCAAAUUAAACAGGUUAUAGUACUCUGUACCACUGCAUGUGUUGACCACUACAAUCUUCUUCAAGAAUAUUUCUAUCAAGAGUAUUUAUAAAUCAUCCAGGCAGCUAUCCAGAUGUGCCUUUUCGAAAAGUAAAGUGGGCAUCAAAUGCAACGUAAGGGUAGGCCUUUUAGCUGCAAUAAUGUGGAACAUGUAAGAGUACUCACUAUAGCCACAGAUGUUUAAGACAUAACAUCAUUACUUCAGGAGGCAGUCCUAUCGUUCUACCAUGUCAUACUGCCCAGGCCUUAAGCUUGCUCAUUAUACCAUCCUUAGUUGUUACUAAGGAUGUGAGUCUUUAAUGUUGAUGGAAUUGAGUUUUUGUAAUGUGAUAUUACCCCGUAGUGGUUUAGCAGUGCAACAUCUACAUUUUUUUGGGGGGUGUUGAUAGAAGCAUUCCUUACUGUGUCAGAUAUUCGAAUAAGAACAAAAUCAUUUGUUGGUAUCUACGUAGGUCACAGCAACAAACAGUACAGAGCAUGGUGGAGUUUGCAACCUUCGUUAUGGCUGAGCUUCUAGAUGAUGUAAGUGGUAUGGAGAAUAACUAGUUACUCCUGGGACAUCAGACUGCUUUCUAGAUCUGGGAGGAAGACAUGCAUACCUGCAGCUAUCCCAAUCUUCUAGCAAAUGUUCUGCAACAAUAAUACUGUUAUCUGAACACCUACAGCUCUAGUGAGUUCACUCACAAAGUCAUACUUACCACUAAUGAAGGACAUUUAAGAGAUGGGAACAGGCAUCUCUCAUGCUGUAAGAAAACUGAGACUUGUGCAUGGCAUUCUGCUGUGGCAAGUAUUUGGUGUGGCAUUAAGGAACGUGGCAUGAUAAAUCUAAGUGGGGAGUUCUACAAGCAGCGAUGAAGUCUGAUAUUUUCAGAUCAAAUAAUCUGCAUUUUAAAUAAAGUUUAUUGCGAAGUGCAGAGCUUUGCCAAGAAUGUGUAACUUAGAUACACAGAUUUGUUCUUUAUAACCAUUUUUCACUUCCUUAUUGAAAUAUGUUUUGCAGUAUGUGUAAAAUCUAUGGAUGUGCAGAUAUCUUCACUAACAAAUAACCAGAUAAUUUACCGUAGGGACAUCCUCCUAGUACAGUUUACUUGAGACUUGACUAGUAACAUUCUUGACAUGGUAGGUCAUUUGUUUGGGAGGUUCUUGUUAAUGUAGUAUAACAGCAUGUUACAGAUGCUGACGUAAUGAUAUCCAGUAGAUUUACAUAUUAGUAGCAUUAUGUCAAUGUAUGUUAAAUGAUUACUGCUGAAUUAUAUUCAUAUAUGAAUAGAAAUUAGCUGCAGACACUUAACAAGUUUUCUACACACAGUUCAUUAGGAGACGGAUGUACCCUGACCAGUUGUGGGCUAUACCGCCCCCACUGAUGAUGCCAGCUGGAAACUCAUCUGUAAGGAGAGAAUAAGCUGUACCAUCUUCAGGAUUUUUUGCACCAAAGUGAACCAUCACUUUUCUCAUCUCAGUAUGUCACUUGCUUCCUGGCAAAAGCCUCAAGAAGGAUUAGUAGGCUUUGUUAGCAUUUGAGUUUUUUCUGUUUGUGUUCUUUAUAUCUCUUAGUUGUUUAUAUUCAAAGAAUUUGGUUAUUGGAGAGGAUGGUAUAGUAUUUAGAUGUCUAAUGAUAUCCCCAGAAAAAGUUACCUAGAAGUGUGCCUCUGGAAGAUGGCUUUCCAUAAGGACUGCCAUUUAUAUAAUUUAUUUUAUCUCAAUGAAGAACAUUAAAUAGUCAAUGAGGAACACUGCAGGAGUUUAAAGACCACUUUCAGGACUGCUAGGAGUCUUAGGGAUUUUUGUUAAGUGUAGAAAGCUACAAGGGAUGCCUUCUCAUCCACCAGCAUUCAGACAUUUGCACACUGCAGAGCUCUGACAACAAUCUGUAUAAUCUCAAAAAAAAAAGCAUUGCAAACACCAGAAAAUGAAAAAAAGAGAAGAAGGUUUUACUCUGGGAAUUAGAGACCCGGUUAACACUGCUUAGGCUUAAGGCUGCCAGUCUCUGUGUGAUGCCCAAACAUGUCUGCCCUCAGACUGUGCUGCUGGUUUGACUGUAAUUCUUCCUUUGAAGGCAGACUGUAGAGUAGUAGUUCCACAAGAAGGCCAGGCUUCAGCAGUUUUGGUGGCUACACAGCAGCAGCAGGUGGUGACAAUCAAGUAUCCAUGAACGGCAUAAUCCCUCCUUGAGAAAAUCAUCAAGAAUCCUCUCCUCCUCACUGAGUACAGCUACCAGAAGAUCCAGGCAACUAGAUGAAAUGGGUACCCACUGCUACCAUGCAACCCCUUCCUGGGGAAGAAAGGUUGUUGGCUCUGCCAGUGCCAAAGACCAAGGUCCUUAUUAAAUUAACACCCAUAGUUCAGACUUCUGCUGCAUUGUCUUUUCAGUCCAAUUAUAAAAGAUUUACAGAGUACUAUCUGGGGGUCUUGAGAGAGCUACCUCAUCUCUUGCCCAGAUUCUGGUAUUGUUUACCUUAGAUCAAGAACACCAAAAUAAAAGGAAGAGGGGUCCCAUCCCUGAAAGGUCCUCAAACUCCAAAAUAAAAGAUGAGGAUGAUACUUAUUCAGGUCACAUCCAUUCUUCUGUGGGGUAAGACACAGACAACUAGGGCCUUGUUUCACUGAGAUCCCCUCCUCUGAAGAUGACUUCUUUAUGGAAACAGUCUAUUUAAAUCUUAAAAGGAAGCACAUCAAAUAGCGUAUAAGAAGUCACAACAACACAGAAAAAUAUUCUGAGUUUUUUAAAAUAAAGAAAGGAUUCAAAACCUUCAAACCUCCCUCCUAGAGUACAGGCUUUUAUGGGUGUGUUUGAUAGCAAUACCCAGAGCAUGCCUACCAAAACCCUGAAUUCUCCAAACUGAAAGAAUGUAUAAGGUACAAGACCAGCACACACAUAUGUACAAAAGCCAGGUGGUCAACCCAUCAGUUGUUUGAAUAUUUCUAGGGGAUCCAGUGUUUUGUCAAACCCAAAGCCUUUUCCAAAUGAUACGGACACUGGUAAAAAUGUCUAUAGCUCUGCCAUAAUGGAAUCUGAUAUAUAAACUGUCAGGCACACACACUCCAGUAGUAGGGAGAUAUCCUGAAGCAGAACAAAGGUACAUUCAAAGACACUGGUUAAUUUGUGAAGGAGAGGGUGGUAAACCAUUCUCUGACUGUGGCUAAGGUGAGGGAAUGUGGAUAUGAUGCAGCUGUACCACUGGAAUGGUGGUUCGGAGGGCAUCUUUACAGAUGUAACACUGUCUGGAUAAAGGGAAUGGCUAGUUGCUGAAUGUGCUACUAAGCUGAGAUAAUACUUGCUAUUCCACUUAAAGAUGUUCAAGAAAUCAGAGGAAAAUGGGAAAACAAUUCAACUUGCUAAACAUCUCUUUCAUCCUCAACCACCUAGAUGUAGCUAAAAAGACUCUUCCUUUAUGGUUAACUAAGCCAUCAUCUUCUGUUUUAACUAUAAUGGAAAGACUUUGCUGGACAUGGCAGAGUGACUGCUACCACUGCAGCCUUUUUUUAAGGAAUACAUCCAUCCAAAGCAUCUGUGAGGCUGCAAAGUAGGCAUUUGUUCACACCAUCUGUGAUCAUUACAUGCCGAGCAUUCAGCUUAAGGGUAGGGCUAGUUCUGAAUAUCUUUUUUAUUAAAAGGCUUUCUCUAGUCCCACACCCAUUUCUUGGAUGAGGAGCUCCCAUUUUUGCUUAGUAAUCUCUCAUUUAUUUAAGAAUAGACUACAGUAAUUUUACUUAUAAUGAAUGUGGUACAGUUUUGUAGGGGUACUUCCCGUAACUGUAGAUGUGGGAAUAAUAGAACCAUUGCUGUAGUGGGCACUCCAAACUGCUUUUUCACUCUUCCCCACUGUUUUGUUGGUUUAAGUAGAAUCUGCCAUUUUGCAGGAUGUACUAAUUUGUGCUAACAAGGUAUAAAGAGAUAGUUAUGGUAAUUUUAGUGUUGAAGUAGAUAGGGUCUUCAACCUUCUAGUUGCAGGGUGUUGAUUAUUGAUAUGCAUGCUGCAUUUGUGUAUGCUGAGAAUUUUCUUCAGGUGAUGGUUAAGAAAGAUUCUUUAUUUCUUAGCCUUUCCUCAUUUAUUUAUCAUACCCUUCUCUUCUAGGUAAGGAUAGGGGAUCCGAGUUACUGUCUCAUUAUAUCUAAGCUUCCAGCAGAUGUCUUCAGUGAAGACUGUUACCCAUCUGAGCCUAAUUCCCAUUUAUUUGUGAAUGAACUGCCUCAACAAAUCUAUUAUUUGAACACGUAUAUUCAUGUUAAGUACCCUCAUGCAGCAGUGCAUAAUGUGUUGUAACUAGGAUAUAUGAAACAUGUCCUGUAUAAUGAGCAGUCAGUCUUUUCUGACUUAACUGAAACUAAAUGUUUAUUUGCAGAACAUCAUUCAUAAUUAUCUGCUAUAAACAAGUACUUUUUCCUGAAAAAAAAACUGAAUACUUAUGUCUGCAGAAAUUUGUGCCUUUUUGUAGAUGGGAAAAGCAUGUUACAAACCCUAGUCAUGAAGUAAAUACUUUCAGACAAAUGAGGUUGAAUAUCCGUUGCCCUGAUAGAAAGAGGUUGAAUGUCCAUUGCCCUGAGAGAAAAGUAUUUAAGCAGUACCCUACUGGGCUGCUACAUUAGUCUUGAGUAACUUAGUCAGUCCAUAUCAGCUGAUAUUGAAGGAAAUGUAAGAAGAGCAAGCACUCAUCCCCUAAAUCCAAAUUUUAUAAAUACAUUAUUUAUGUCAGUGAUGGAUUUUCUGGCAGUUGGUUAGGAAAAUUUAGGCUUUGAGCUGUUAACAAGCUGAUUCCUGUAGUUAGGGGUACAGGGCUUGUUUUCUUCCACCUCUGUUUUCCUGCUGUAUGACUUUGAGCUACUCAGUUGACUAGACAGUGCACCUUGGUCACCCAUAAAAAAAUGUGUCACUUGUGCCCAUGGACUUACCUGUUUAACAAAUAUAUAAAAACAAAUAGUCAGGAUAUGUAAACAGAAAGUUUGCUCAUUGUAAGGAUCUAACUAUUAUAGCUGGGCACCUGAAGAAUCCAUACACCUCAGAGCAUAAGGUGCUGGAUUGCAAAAUGGUAAGCUGGAUAAGCAUCCAUCAGCUCUUAUGUAUGUAUUAUAUGCAUUGUAUGACCAUUAUCAAGUUUUCCUAGUAUUUCUGGGUUUGUUUUGCAAAAGGAACUUGAGCAUUCUAGUAGGAUGACCUGGUUAGCAAAACCACAGUAAAUAAAUAUUUUCUAACAAAAAAAAAAAAUCAUUGUUAAAUAUUCUUUGGCAGUGUGGAGAGCAAUGUUUGGAGAAAACAGAAUCAAAAACUUUAUCCAGACUAGUGUCUUCGAAAUAAUUUUGCCUUUGACAUUACUGUUGUACCUAUGUACUUACUUUCCUUUUACCAAGGACCACCUGUUCUGAUCUUCUAUGAACUAAUGACUACAUCUCUGAAGUGAGUUCUAAAGUGAAGACAGGUGUCACCUACACCAGAGGAAAUGAUUGUAUAGUUUUCAAUUUGUUUUGUUUUAAUUCUUUGUAUAUUUUAAAUAUUUUUAUCCCUGUUUUCAACAGCAGAGAUUAUUUGUUAUACUUUCAUAAUAUUGGAAAUAAUAAAAAUGCUGCUUUAAUGUG